AUUUAUUAAUUGACCGAAAAAAACCUUUCUUUUAUUAAAAAAGAUAAAACUUUGAACACAUGCAGAAAAACAAUGACAGAUAGCAUAGGAGUCGGCUGAAUGUCGUCUUUUGAAACCCUCUUGGAGUAAGUAAAUACUACUUACUUACUCACAGACACACUAGUUCAACUUUAUCCUUCAAACCUCUCAUCCUUCAAACCUCUCUCUCUCAAAUGGCUGAAAAUGACAACUCUAACCCUACUCCACCACCACCACCACCACAUGAACAAACCGAUCCAUCCACCGUAACUACCUUACCGGAUCCAGAACUAAAACCGGAACUCCCAGUCACCGACCAAAAUGAACAACAACACCAACAGAAUCCACCUUUGCAACACACCGAAUCAGAAACCGAUUCAAAAGAUAACACAUCACAAGAUGUAGUUGCAGUUGAACCCGAACCCGAACCCGAACCAGUAACAGAACAACGAAAUCUCCAACAGCAAAAGAAAAUUCCACAGAAUCUAAUCUCAUUCAAAGAAGAAAGCAACAGAGUAAGCGAUCUCUCCGAUUCCGAACGAACUUCCCUCCAACAAUUCAAAAAACUCUUAACCGAAACCCUAACAGACCAGCAAGUUUCAAUCUACGGCGUUCCUCUUCUCUCCGACGAACGAACGGACACAAUUCUCCUCAAAUUCCUCCGAGCAAGAGAAUUCAAAGUCAAAGAAUCACUCACAAUGAUUAACAAUACUCUCCAAUGGAGAAAAGAUUUCAACAUAGAUUCACUUUUGGAUGAAGAUCUUGGUGAUGAUUUAGAUAAAGUUGUUUUCAUGCAUGGUUUUUCGAGGGAAGGACAUUCUGUUUGUUAUAAUGUUUAUGGUGAGUUUCAGAAUAAGGAACUUUAUGAUAAGACUUUUGGUAGUGAAGAAAGGAGGAAUAGGUUUUUGCGUUGGAGGAUUCAGUUUUUGGAAAAGAGUAUUAGGAAACUUGAUUUUAAUCCUGGUGGUGUUAAUACUGUUUUUCAAGUUAAUGAUCUUAAAAAUUCUCCUGGUCCUGCUAAAAAGGAACUUAGGGUUGCUACUAAACAGGCUUUGCAGUUGCUUCAGGAUAAUUAUCCUGAAUUUGUUGCUAAACAGGUUUUUAUCAAUGUGCCGUGGUGGUAUCUUGCAUUCUAUACCAUGAUCAAUCCAUUCCUGACUCAGAGGACAAAGAGUAAAUUUGUGUUUGCAGGCCCAAACAAGUCUCCUGAUACGCUUUUCAAGUAUAUUUCUCCUGAGCAAGUGCCAGUUCAGUAUGGUGGCCUGAGUGUCGAUUUUUGUGAUUGCAACCCGGAUUUCAGCAUUAAUGAUGCCACCACAGAAAUUCCUGUAAAGCCGACCACAAAGCAAACUGUGGAAAUUGCUAUUUAUGAGAAAUGCAUUAUUGUCUGGGAAUUGCGUGUUGUAGGCUGGGAGGUUAGUUAUAGCGCUGAAUUCAAACCCGAUGCUAAGGAUGCAUAUGCUGUCAUUAUACAGAAGGCUACAAAGAUGUCCCCAACCGAUGAACCAGUGGUUUCCAAUAGCUUUAAAGUUAGCGAACUGGGAAAGUUGUUCCUCACUGUUGACAAUCCCACCUUGAAAAAGAAGAGGCUUCUUUACCGGUUCAAGAUCAAACCCUACACUGAGUGAGACAAAAUCAUCUCUAGUCUCGAGUGAUUUUGGAUACAUGAAGGAAAUUUAGCUUGAAGAUUAAGAAGUAUGUGUGUCAUAAUUCGAUCAUAUAUCCCAUUAUUCAUCUAUAGUUUUGGUUGUGAGUUGAUUUCAUAUGACUUUCACUGUUAUUGUAUUUAAUACUUAUUAAUUUCAAGAAAAACAUUUGAUAGAUAGUCUUAAAUGUGUUCUUUUAUAGCAUUUGAAUUUGAAAUGGAGUUGGUUUGAGAUUAUGUGUAUUAGAAGAAUUAUCUGUCACUUUAAGAAAACUAGAUUGAAGAGAUGUAUCAAUGUAAAAUUUUUGGCCUA